AUGAACCUGUUUGUUGCCAUUAGGCUCUUGGGAGACAGUGCUACCACUUCUAAACUUAGGGUUUACUUAUUUGGAUACUUGCUUGGUGUUCCUGAUUGUAAUCUUGAAGAACAAACUUCAACAAAAAACGGCUUCUUCAAUAGACUAGCACAACGUUUCCCAUUUGUUUUUAAUCUAUUGAGGAGAGAUCCUUCACUGUCAAAUGAUACUUUCAAAGAAGAUGUCAAGACGAUGAAUAGGACAGAUUCCAAUGAAAUAGGAAACAAAGUAGCUUUAGAAUGCAUAUCUGGAGGUUUUGAUGAUGACGCUAGUGAAAUUGAGGAUAAAACUGAAUCAGCUCAUUUCUAUUCUGAACUAUGGUCAAAAAUGUUGUCCAGCUUGCGAAGGAGUGGGCCAAAGAAAGAGCAGCUGACUCAGAAGCUACACCAGUGCUCGAUAAUCUCUGCAUCUUCCGCCUUCCUGUCGGAGCAAAAGUCUUCAGGAGAACUGAAAGAGGGUGUUAAAACAGUGAAUGCCAAGGAAUUUUCAGAAUCUAGAUCUGAAAAUGGUGUCAAAGCCCCAUCAAUUCCCAGUUCAAGUAGGCCUUGGGGUGCAUUGACCGAUGCAAGUUUUGAAGCGAUGAGGGAAAUUUAUAACAACGGAUCUACAGUAUUAAAGGGAAAGGCUGGUAUUCCUAAAAAGCAAGGAGUACUUUCUGCUCGUGCGGCUUCUAUGCUGGAAGCCGAACGAGACUCGCCGAAAAAGUGGAGUCCUAUUGUGGAGAUGCAUUAUAGAGGCGGAGUCUACAGGGGACGAUGCCAAGGGGGUCUUCCCGAAGGAAAGGGUCGUCUUGUUCUUGGCGAUGGAAACAUUUAUGAUGGUAUGUGGCGCUAUGGUAAGAGGUCAGGUGUGGGAACAUUCUAUUUCAGUAAUGGGGAUGUCUUCCAGGGAUCUUGGAGAGAUGAUUUGAUGCAUGGCAAGGGUUGGUUUUAUUUCCAUGCAUGGUAUUUUUGUAUAGCCUAUUUGAUAGCACACAUUGGGAAUCCUUAUAAAUAA